GCCCAGAGCCAUCCUGUGUGCCGGCAUGGAAAUGGUGAGAGUGCCUCAGACCCCCAAAGAAACCCAUCAGGCCUGGGGGCAGGAUGGGCCCUGCAAGCUUGGCACAGUCUGGAGCCAAGACAGCUCGCUGUGCCAGCCUGGCUGCUCCCCACAGAACAGUCCUGUCUGCACCUGCUCCUUGGACCUCACAGCCCCCCCACCAUGGACUUCAACAGAGCAGGGGCUGCUGGUGCCAACUGCUGUGGGGAGGCAGCUGCCCCUGGGACCAGAGCCAGCCAUGCUGGGUGCUGGUGCCUAAGUACUCAAGGCUGGGGCAGCCACACGUUUCCUGCUGUAGUGGUGAAUCAUGGGGUGGAACCCCAUAGCUCAUAUUGUACAGGGUGUUUGUGACACGCCAGUGGGGCCAGGGUUACUGAUUGCCAAAUACAUCAGCUCCCUAAAGUAAUAAGGAAAUGGUGACCUGGUAUCUGUUCAUUCGGUGGAAAUGAGAGGAGGUGAUAACACCCAUCAGAGCACGUGUCCCGGUGAGCUGCCCAGGAGCCACUUCUGGAACUGACAGAAGGGCAAGCUGCAGAGUGCCUCAUGUCGUCCCCUUCAGCUCUACUCACCUGUCCUCCUGCAGAACUGGGAUUCACGGGUCAACCCUGCACCACCAAUGACAGGAAAAUGAGCUAUCUCUAGAUGACACACUGCCAGACCUGACAGGUUCUGUAGGCGUCUCCCUGUCUCCCCUUACCUUGCCCAGUACAAAGUCUGGGUACCAAUAGUCCAUUAGAGCGGAGGUAACUAUAUGAGAAAGAUAGCAGUAUAUGAAAAGGUCUUUGACACAUGAGCUGAAUGUCCAUGCUACAUCUUUUCCCUUCAAAGAAAGUAAUCCCAGAACAAAACGAGAGGGAAGCUGGGACUAUGGAAAACCUUCAGCCCUGCAGAACUUACGUCCUUUUCAAAGAAGGCUUGUGCAGUGUUUGUCACAAUGUCAUUGGUAUUGUGACAGCUUUCUAAAACCCCGUGCCUACAAAGAAAUCCACAGGAGCCUGAUGCACCACGUCCUGCCUUCUUUGUGAUCCUGUGAUGCUGAACUUCCUCUGUCUCUGCAGGUCCUUUGCAACCAUGGUGAAGUCUAAAAGAGUGUAUGUGCUCCUGAUCCUGGUAGUUCUGUCCUUUCUCCUGAUCCACUUCCUGCCCUGCAGCAACAAUGCCCCCAUGGAAGAAAAACCUUCUCCAGUCCACAUCCUCAUUCUCUCCACCUGGCGAUCAGGAUCUUCCUUCACUGGGCAAAUCUUCAGCCAGCACCCCAGCGUUUUCUACCUGAUGGAGCCCGCAUGGCAUGUCUGGGUUAAGAUGUACCAGAACAGUGCCAAAGUCUUACACAUGGCAGUGCGGGACUUAGUUAGGUCGGUCUUUCUGUGUGACAUGUCUGUGUUUGAUGCUUACAUGUCUAGCCAGAAGAAAAAGUCCGAUUUAUUUCAAUGGGAGACAAGCCGAGCCUUGUGCUCCCCACCUGCCUGCGACUUGUUCAGUCGCACUGACAUAAUCACUGCAGGCAAUUGCAAAAAGAUCUGUAGCAAGUACCCAUUCAGCAAGGUGGAGGAAGCUUGUAAAACCUACAGCCAUAUUGCCAUCAAGGAGGUUCGAUUCUUUGACCUGAAAGUCCUUUACCCCCUUCUCACUGAUCCAUCCCUGAACAUCAAAAUUAUUCACUUGGUCCGUGAUCCCCGGGCUGUGUUCAGGUCCCGUGAGAAUACAGCGGCAGACCUGAAACGUGACAGUAACAUUAUUGUGGGGUCUCAGAGGACAAAGGGUGAAAUGGGCCCCUACAACACAAUGCAAGUAAUUUGCAGAAGUCAUGUUGAGAUUUAUAAGGCAGGAAUUUGGGCCACUCCCAGCUUCCUGAAAGACAGAUACUUGCUGGUUCGCUAUGAAGACAUUGUCAGAGACCCUCUGGCAAGGGCUGCUCAGAUGUACAGGUUUGCAGAACUACAGUUCACACCAGAACUUCAGAAGUGGGUGCACAACAUCACUCAUGGGAAGGGUCUCGGAGGACAGGCCUUUGGAAUUGGGUCCAGAGAUGCACAGAGAGUAUCUCAGGCCUGGAGGGAGACACUUCCCUUCCAGAAAAUAGAAAAAGUGCAAAAAGUGUGCAAGGAUGCAAUGGACUUACUGGGCUAUCGGCUCGUCCAAUCUGAAGAAGAGCAAAAAAAUAUGUCACUGGAUCUUUUGUUUGCCCAGAACUCCUCUGAGUAUCAAACUCUGAAGGCAGAACAGCUGGUGUCUGUACCUACUCUCUGAAGGCUGCAGAGGGCAGAACUGUCCACUAGAACAAAAGAGGACAGAGGUGCAGGCAUAGAAGUGUAAGAGCAUGUGCAUGGAUAUGCAUGGUUGCAAGGACAGGUAACAUAGGAAUCCUGACUGCAUUCACGAGAGCUCUCAGCAGCACAGGGUCGCUCUCUAAGGCCCCUGGAGACUCAGCCACAAUGGAGGCUGAAGUAAUGCAAGUUUGUUCUUCAAAUUAAGUAUGUUUAGAUUGGAGCAUACAGACUAGCAAAGCAGUGGGACCAGAUAGCAGAACUCGACCCCCCCACAUGGAAGCAAUUGCACUGCAAAGGAAGAGGAAAUAUAAAAGGAAGCUGAAUAGAGAGAACAUUAUUUGUCAUGCUGCUACACGGGACAUGUAAUGCCAGAAGAGAUGCAAGGAUGACCAACAUUUGGUUUCUGGAAAGAUGCUUUUUUUUUUUGAACGGUUUUCAAGCCCAGUUUUACUUUUGCUUCAUUCCUUUGCUUGGGUAUCCAGCCUUGCUGGCAGUGUUGGGGAAAUGUUUGUGUUCAUUUACUGUAUAAUGGGAAAAUGGAAUAAA